AUGAGUUCUACUGCAAUGCAUCACGCGCCAGUCGAUAACUGGAAUUAUGGAAAUGGAUACUAUCAUCAAGGAUAUCAACAGUAUUAUCCGCACAGUGAAAAUCAAUCUGCAAACCAAUACCGUGGGUAUUCAGAUUCGUCUUAUCAAACAUACAAGUCAAUGGGAUAUGGUAUGGGAAUGAAUAGUUAUGCUUAUAAUAAUUAUGCGAAUCAUAGCCCGCAAACGGAUAACCGCGGAUCAUCUCCAUAUGAUUCUCAACAUCAUGGGUACUCAUAUAAUCAACAAUACGCGUCAACGGAUUAUAAUACAGCGUUAAUUAGCAAUAAUAAUAAUGGAGUGCAAUCCGCGGAUGCCUAUUACAUGGAGGCGAAGACGCAGUACUACCAACAGCAGCAUCAAAUGCAGCAGCAACUGCAGCAGAGUCCUAGAGAGAAUACGGUGGAGUAUAAAAAUAUGCUUGAGACACCGCUUAACGAAGAAUGCUACCAACGAAACACUACAACUAGACAAGAAGACCGUUCAAAAGAAUGUCAAGUGCAGCAGCCUUCGAUCUUGUCCAGGGCUCUUCAAGGAGAAACAAGCGCCACUUUGUACAGUAAUCGUGGUGGAUAUUAUGGAAAAUCAACUGGACCUGAGGCGGGGCGUUCGCCAACUUCGACAAGUUGUGGUCCUGCUGAUUCACCCUCGCCUUGUCUCAGUUCUGCUGCGUCAUGCGAGAGCAAUCUGCAGGCGCCUAUAACCAAGAUGGCUUCAGGAAAUGAGGAGAUUGACUGCGACAAUAUGGCGAUGAAAUCAGAAACCCGAGCAAAAGAUGGUGCAUAUCUACCCUGGAUGAAAGCUGCACCAGAGACAUCUCCUAAAGAAUCAUCCAAACGUACACGCCAGACCUAUACCCGCUACCAAACCCUCGAAUUGGAAAAAGAAUUUCAAAACAAUCGCUAUUUGACCAGACGACGACGCAUAGAGAUAGCUCAUGCCCUUUGUUUAACCGAACGCCAAAUCAAGAUCUGGUUCCAGAAUCGUCGCAUGAAGGCUAAGAAAACAAUAAAAUCAGAUCAAAUUUCAUCUCCUACACAUAUUACAACGGUUGAUGAUAUGAAUUCGGAUGAAUUCAUGCACCAGCAGCAGACACCAGUUGGAGAAAUAUUGCACAACAAUCCUGGGAUCGGUCCAUAUGGUAUACCAGGUGACGACUUUCUUCCAACCUACCAUCAUGGUAGAGAUUUAGGAAUACAUCGGGCAGAUAGUACGAUUCCAUCACAGAUCGAACAUAAUGCAUUUAUGGAACUUGCACGUAGUACGUGUUAGUAGAGAUUAAAAUAUAAUGUAUUAUCUAAUAAUUUUCAAAAUCAUAU